AUGGCUACGCUUGCGAUGGAUCAAGGCAUAUCGCAGAUCAGCACCUACUACGACCCCAGUUUUGAAGGCGAAGUGAUUGUGGUUGAUGACAGCAGUGAAGAUGAAGACAACCAUUCGAGCGACGACGAAGUAAUAGACAUUUCUGCCCAUGAACUCCCUAAAAACAAAGAAUUGGUGUCAUACCAAGAUGUGGAUCUCGACAGAUAUAAACAUGAGAGCAACACUAACGAAUCUAAUGAUUCUGAUGAACUACUGACAAUGUUGAGUUCAGAUGUAGACUUGGUAACUAUGGUCCCAAAUCCGCCAGAUGAAAAUGAGCAAGCAAUUGUUCAAAAUCAAAUUUCUAAUGUUUUGGCAGACAACAUCGACAAGAAAAUUGAUAAUAGUGAUCUAUUCAACAUCAGUGACAGUGAUAGUUAUAAAGAUAAUUUAAAAUAUUGCGCUUCAAUAAAUGGUUUACAUAUUAAAAGAUGUCAGAUCUACAACAAAAACAAUUUCCUAUUCAAUUGCAAUCAAAAUUAUGAUAUCUCUUUAGUCGAAAGAUUAUCGAUUUUUCUUAAUCCUCCCAAUGAUUCCAUCAGUGACAUGAUUCUAAAUAACAAACAAACAGUUGCUCAAAUGGAAAUUGAAUCUGAGAAUAAAAGUCUAAACAAUACAGGUAAUAAAGAUGGUGAUAAAGAUAGUGAAGAUGAUAAUAAUCAGAAUAACGAGACUCAAAAUUUUAAUGAUCAGAAUAAUAAAUUGGAUAAUAAUAAUCAGAAUACAAAAAGUAAAGAUAAUAAUCAGAAAACAAAAAGCAAAGAUAAAGAUAAUCAGAAUAACAAAACUAACCAAGAAAAAAAAAAAAAACUCAAAAGUAAUACAGAAGACAGAGAAGAAAAUGAAUCGACUCAAAAUGAUUUUAAGACUGACCAAAAAGAUACAAAGACCAAAAAUUUGGAAAAAAAUAUAAAAGAUCUUGACUUUCAAUCCAAUAUCACUUUGAAAGAUGAUAAUCUUAUCGAUGACUCAAAUGCAAACAGUCCCGAUCUAUAUUCUGAGGGUACUAAAAUUCAAGAAGAAAAUUUAGUAACGCAAAAACUAGAAUUAGAAUCCAAAAAUGUCCAAGUGGAACCACAAAAUCAACAGACUCAGCAGACUCAACAGAUUGAAAUUGACCAACCCUUUAAUGAAAAAGUUGAGAAAGAAAUAAUACAUAAUAAAAAAAUAAUUGAUCGAAAAAAAACUGAGCCUAUUGAAAAUAAUGUUGAAGUGAGUAAAGAUAAUGGUCAAAACCCUGAAAAUAAUAAAGUAAAUGAACAGCAACAACAAAGCUUGUUGCCCAUCAAGAUGAUUUCACAAACACAUGUUGAUCCAAUUUUACCCAUCAAUGAGACUGCUAGCAUUCCAACUUCAACUCCAACUAAAAAUGACUCCAAAAAAGAUAGCUCUGAAAACAAAAAGCUGGACUAUAUUAACCAAGUUGAAAACAGUUCAAGGUUAAAUAAUGUUGAAACCGAAUAUAGCGAGAGAAAUCAAACUAAUGAAAAUGAAAUCGAAAAUAAAGAUACAAAUGAAAACAGAGAUAGAAAUCAAAAUCAAAAUCAAAAUCAAAAUCAAAAUAAAAUCAAAAUUGAAAACAAAAAUAAAAACCAUGACGAAGAAGAUUUAUUUAAAAAAAUGCAAAUGUCUCCAGAACACAAAAGGGAAUUUGAUACAUUAAGAAAAAAAGAGCAUAUGGAUGAAGCAAUUACUUUAAGGAGAAUUUCAAAUUUUGAAUUAGAUGAUAGACUUUCUGAAGAUAUUCAAGAAGAAUUACAUUUAUCUCAAGAGUUUGAGAAUCUGGCCGAAAAAAUCCAAGGUGAUAUUGAUGAUAUAGAUAUGCUGGAAAAUUAUAACAAACUAGACAACAUGGAUGAACUACAAGAUGAAGAUGAACCUCAUGAUAUAGUUGAAAGCAAGAAGGAUAAUCUCAAUGAUGAAAUUUUAGCAUAUAAAGAUUUAAAUAUUCAAAUGAAGAAAACAGAUAUAUUAGAUAACAAAAAGCAAGAAAUUAUGUCAUCUGAACAUUUUAAAAAUAUGGCAGAUAAUUUAAAUGAAAAAUUGUCUCAGAAGGAACAAAAGCAAGAAAAGCAUAACGGCAAAGAGAAAGAAAAAGAAAAUUUAGAAUCAAUAAAUAAAAAUAAUAACCAAUCAAUAUUAGAGAGUAAAACUAGAAAAAGUUCAUCACAAAUAUCUCUACAACAAUAUAGAAAAAGAAUAAAACCGAAUUCCAUCAAUCAAAAUUCAAUGAUAAAUCAAGAUAUAGGUAAAAUUACGGAAAAACAAAAUUUGGAAUCAAACGAUAAAAGAAUCCUUGACGAAAUUAACAAAUUUCCAACUAAAACAACUAAAAAUGGCCCUAUUUUUGAUAUGCGCAAGAUUAAGUCAGCACUUAAAACUAAGAAAAACUCGCCGGGAGAAACAAAUCCAAAAAAAGUUUCGUUUGGUAACUUUCCAGUGUUUUUUGGAGAUCAUUAUGAGGAGUUUCCUAGUGAAGAAAACAAACUACCCAAAGAUAUCUACUCAAAAUCAUUUUUAAACGCAUAUUGUAUAAAUUAUCAGCCCUCAAAUAAUGUUUCGCAGUUCAAGGACGUAGCUGUAGGAAACCUUCCAUUUGGUCCAUUAAAUAAAUUUUCUGUGCCUUUCCAGCCAAAUAUUGAUUUAUCUAAAAGCAAAUACUCGACUUUGUUUAUGCCAAAAAGAAAAUCACCUAUUUCAAACCCAUUCAAUCAAGCAAAAAGGCAAAAAAAUGGGAAUUUUGACUAUAAUAGAAAUAACUUUUAUAAUAAAAACAAUAAUUAUAGGAAUAGCAAUAACAAAAAUAAUAACAAAAACAACAAUAACAAUAACAAUAACAAUAACAAUAACAAUAACAAUAACAAUAACAAUAACAAUAACAAUAACAAUAACAAUAACAAUAACAAUAACAAUAGCAAUAGCAAUAGCAAAAAUAAUGAUAAUAAUAACCGGAAUAUCAAGAACAAUAAAAGUCUAACGUACUUUAAUAACUCCAAGUUUAAUAGGAAUUUCGAUAAGAAUGAUAAAAACGAUAAAAAUGAUAAUCUUCAGAAUAAUAAACUAUGA